UUAUAAGAUUUUUCCCUCAUUAAAUCCUUAAAUAUAUGUGUUCAUGGGACCACCACAGCAUGUCUGAUCGUCGAAUCAAAAAUCAUCACAGACAAAUCAACGGCUGUGAUUAAUUCACAGUGUAUACCUAUUCCCCACUUAAUCUUCUUCUUUUAAUAAGUGUGUCAGUGAAGCAGAAAGCUUCUAAAAAAGCUUUAGCCAACAAAAAAAAAAUGGUAGAACUUGUCCCUUACUGUUACACUCCAGGGAUCGUACUUGUACUUCUUCGAACCAUUCUUCUAUUCUCCAUCGCACGUGCCGAUUUACCAGGCACCUGGGAGCUCAUUGUACAAGACGCCGGUAUAGCUUCUAUGCACACGGCGGUGACCCGUUUCAACACCGUCAUCCUUCUUGAUCGAACUAACAUCGGACCGUCUAGGAAAGCUCUUGAUCGUCACCGGUGCCGGAGAGACCCAAACGACGCAGCUCUUAAGCACGACUGCUACGCUCACUCGGUUCUCUUCGACCUCGCUACUAACCAGAUCAGACCGCUGAUGAUACAAACCGAUACGUGGUGCUCGUCGGGUCAGUUUUUAUCCGACGGUUCGUUGCUUCAAACGGGUGGGGAUAAAGACGGGCUUAAAAAGAUUCGUAAAUUCGAACCGUGUGACCCGAACGAAACGUGCGAUUGGGUGGAGCUUCAAGAUACCGAAUUAAUAACCGGACGCUGGUACGCUACUAACCAAAUAUUACCGGAUGGUUCGGUUAUUAUCGUCGGUGGAAGAGGAACCAAUACGGUUGAGUAUUACCCUCCACGCGAGAACGGCGCCGUUCCGUUUCAGUUCCUUGCUGACGUGGAAGACAAACAAAUGGACAACCUCUAUCCGUACGUCCAUCUCCUCCCUGACGACGGCGGUAACCUCUUCGUCUUCGCCAACAGUCGCGCCGUUAAAUACGAUCACCGGAUAAACGCCGUCGUGAAAGAGUAUCCACCGUUAGAUGGCGGUCCGAGAAACUAUCCGUCGGGUGGAUCAUCGGCGAUGCUAGCGAUCCAAGGAGAUUUCGCCACGGCGGAGAUACUAAUCUGCGGCGGAGCUCAAUCCGGGGCCUUCACAGCGCGUGCGACCGACGCUCCGGCGCACGGAACCUGCGGAAGAAUCGUCGCUACAGCAGCGGAUCCGGUUUGGGUGACGGAGGAGAUGCCGUUCGGGAGGAUCAUGGGGGAUAUGGUGAAUCUACCGACGGGAGAGAUUCUGAUCAUAAACGGAGCUCACGCCGGAAGCCAAGGAUUCGAAAUGGGAUCGGAUCCGUGUCUUUACCCGCUUCUAUACCGACCUGAUCAACUGAUUGGUUUACGAUUCAUGACAUUGAACCCAGGAACCGUACCGAGAAUGUACCAUUCGACGGCGAAUCUAUUACCUGACGGUCGAAUCCUUCUCGCCGGAAGUAAUCCUCAUUAUUUCUACAAAUUCAACGCCGAAUUCCCAACGGAGCUACGAAUCGAAGCGUUUUCUCCGGAGUAUCUUUCGCCGGAUCGAGCCAAUCUCCGACCCGAGAUCCGAGAAAUCCCGCAGAUCGUACGUUACGGUGAGGUCUUCGACGUGUUCGUGACGGUGCCGUUGCCGGUGGUGGAGAUAAUUCAGAUCAAUUGGGGAAGCGCGCCUUUUGCGACUCAUUCGUUUUCUCAAGGUCAACGGCUGGUUAAGCUGACCGUUGCUCCGUCUGUACCUGACGGAGUUGGUCGUUAUAUGAUUCAGUGUACGGCUCCACCUAACGGCGCCGUUUCUCCGCCUGGGUAUUAUAUGGCGUUCGCCGUUAACCAGGGUGUUCCUAGCAUUGCUCGCUGGAUUCGUAUAGUUUCUUGAUUGGUUGAACCAGGAGAUAUUUAAAGUUUUAAUCAUGAAUUUUCAUUUCUUAAUUAAGAACUAAUUAAACUACAUCAUGAUGUAUUUAUCAAAGAAAAUAUAUAUAUAUAUAUAUAUACAUAUUAUAAAUA